AUGAAGUUAUUAAAAUUCCACUUGAGAUAUCACCCCCCUGGUAUUGUUUUAGAGUAUAUUCAAAAGGGGAUCGUAAAAAAUAAGGAAAUCGAUCUGUUAGACCUAAAUUCCAACUCUGACAUCAAAGAAAUCGCCAAAUGCCUGUACCAGAAGGAACUGCUCAUCACUGAAGAAGUAUAUGAGCAGUUAGAACGAUGUCUGGAGACACUCAAGAAGAGAAUAGAACAUGAAGGCCCGACAGGAAAACGGUUUUACAUUUACAAAACCUUGCAGACGCACGUGUUGCCACUAACCAAUGUCUGCUUUGAUAAAAAUGGUAACAGAUGUCUAUCUGGGAGCUAUGACAGGAGUUGCAAGGUGUGGGACGUAGAAAGCGGUAAAGAGCUACAAACGCUCACCGGCCAUCAGAACGUGGUGUAUGCUGUAGGAUUUAACUUCCCUACAUGCAAUCGUGUGUUGACGGGGUCCUUUGAUAAAACAGCUAAAAUCUGGGACCCAGACACGGGCCAGUGUCUCGCCACGCUGUGGGGGCACACUGGCGAAGUUGUUGCAGCUCAGUUCAAUGCCAAAGGAGACCUUGUAGCCACAGGGUCUAUGGAUUAUCUUGCAAAGCUUUUUGACGCUGGAACUGGCGCUGAAAUCCAAACCUAUGCAGGGCAUACAGCAGAAGUGAUCGCCUUGCAGUUUGACCCCAACGAGGGCCAGAGGCUUAUUACUGGAUCUUUUGACGGAACAAUAUCUUUGUGGGAUACUAGAGUAAAAGAACGUGUAUCAGUGCUAAGAGGGCACGAGGGCGAGAUAUCGAACGUGCAAUACAACUGGGAUAGUACCCUCGUCGGGUCAGCGUCGCUGGACGGCAGUGCGCGGCUGUGGGACGCUCGCAACAGCUCUUGCUUGGCCACUGUUGCUUCACAUACUGAUGAGGUUUUAGAUAUAUGUUUUGACUGGGCCGGACAACGGAUGGCGACGUCUUCAAGCGACUGCUCUGCCAGAAUUUAUGAUGUUAAAUCCGAUUUCAAGGAGCUGGUCGUCAUGAAAGGUCACAGAGAAGAAGUAUCCAAGGUGUGCUUUAGUCCAGCAGGCGGUUGUUUGCUCACAGCUUCAGCAGACCGCAGCGCCAGGUGCUGGAAUACCACUACGGGGAAUUGUAUUCAGGUGCUUUCCGGCCAUCAAGGAGAGAUAUUCUCAUGCGCGUAUUCAUACUCCGGUGAUGCCAUUAUAACCGCUUCCAAAGACAACACCUGCAGGAUCUGGAGA